AUGAUAACCCAAACCCUCGCUGUGAACGGCGCAAAAGUCUACAUCGUCGGCCGCACACAAUCCAAGCUGGACCGCGUCGUCUCCAUCUACAACCGGGACAUCGAAGGGGAAAUUAUUGCCCUUCCCGCGGCCGAUGUUUCCUCCAAAGACGACGUCCGCCGCCUAGCAGAUGAAAUCACCCACCGAGAGGGGCACCUCUGCAUCCUAGUUAACAAUGCGGGUAUCACUAGCCAGACGGUGCAGCCCGAGAGCUCGACGGCAGAGGAGAUGAAAAGGAAUUUGUUCGAUAGUGAUAAAUCGACUGCCGAAGACUGGUUACAGACCUAUCAGACGGAUGUUGUGUCCUUAUUCUUCAUGACGACCGCUUUUUUACCGUUACUACAAGCCUCAACGGAAAAGCAUCACGGCUGGUCCGGGACGGUAGUCAACAUAGGAAGUAUCAGCGGGAUAGUCAAGCUCGCGCAGCACCAUUUCGCAUAUAACGCUGCGAAGGCAGCCGCCCAUCACUUGACGAGGAUGUUAGCGGGGGAGAUUGCCGCAGCAGGGCACAAGAUACGGGUGAAUGCUAUCGCGCCGGGAGUUUUCCCAAGUGAGAUGACUGCGGGAGAGAGCGAUGAGUUCCAGAAGAGUCAUUUGGAGAAAGGUAAGUAUGAGAAGAAGGUGCCUGCGGGACGGCCAGGGAGGGAUAUUGACAUGGCGCAGGCGGUGCUGGGGCUGGUGGUGAAUCAGUAUGUGAGCGGGCAAAUUGUGGUUGUGGAUGGGGGAUAUGCGCUAGCGAUGGGGCAGUAA